UUUCUGACAGAUGUAUUAUCAACUACUAUCAUUCAUUCCCUUCCCUCUUUCCAUCCCUCCCAUCCCAUCCCAUCCCAUCCCAUCCCAUCAUCAAAUUUUCUCUUCUCCCAAACAGAUACACCCCAAAAUCCUCUCCCCACUUCCACUUCCACUAAUGGCUUUUUCAAUCCUCUGUAUAUUCAUAUUCCUAACUUUCAGUACAACCCCAUCUCUCUCGGAUCCAAGGGCUACACAGGCAGCUCUCAUAUGCACCAACACCAGCGCACAACCGUCCGAUCGCCAAGUCUUCGUCGCCAACUUCCUCGCCGCCAUCGACGCCGUGACCCCCCUCGUCUCCGCCCAAUACUACGGCGGCGCUAUCAACGGCUCCGGCAACACCACAGUCUACGCCUUUGGAGAGUGCAUGAAAGACCUUUCUCGCUCCGAUUGCGACCUCUGUUUCGCCCAAAUCAAAACCCAGAUCCUUCGUUGCCUCCCUUUCCAACGUCUGAUUCGCGGUGGUCGAUUGUUCUACGAUGGGUGUUACUUGAGGUACGACGAUUACAUGUUCUUCAACGAAAGUUUGAGUGGAUUGGAUCGAACUGUGUGUGGGUCGAGUGGGUUUGUGGGUGGGAAUGAGACUCUGUUUCGAGAAAAUGUUGGUGAUUUGGUGAGGAAUUUGAGCUUGGAAGGUGUUAACAAUGGUAGAUUCGCUGUUGGGUCUGUGAGUAGAGGGAAUUUAACGGUUUAUGGGUUGGCUCAGUGUUGGGAAUUUGUGAAUGGGAGUGAUUGUGAAAAGUGUUUGGGAGACGCAGAGGUGAAGAUUGGGUCGUGUUUGGCGGAGCAAGAAGGGAGAGUUUUGAAUUCAGGGUGUUAUAUGAGGUAUUCAACCCAGAAGUUCUAUUACAAUUCUACUAGUGGUGGACAACCUGGACAUGGCGGCAAUCACUUAGCUGUCAUUCUGGCUUCAACUGCUGCUGCUGUGGCUUUUCUGCUGAUUGUUGCAGCAAUUUCUUUCUUUGUGUGGAUCAAACUUGCCAAGAAGAGGAGAGAGAGGAAGCAACUAGGUGCUCUACUCUUCACUGUCAACAACUCCAAACUCAAUUUUUCAUAUGAAACUCUUGAAAAGGCCACAAACUACUUUCACCAAUCCAACAAGCUAGGUCAAGGAGGAUCUGGUUCAGUUUACAAAGGGAUUUUACCCGAUGGGCACACUGUCGCCAUAAAGAGGCUUUUCUUUAACACAACACAAUGGGUCGAUCAUUUCUUCAAUGAAGUCAAUCUGAUAAGCGAUAUCCAUCACAAGAAUCUUGCCAAACUCUUGGGAUGUAGCAUUACAGGCCCCGAAAGCCUUCUUGUUUAUGAAUUUGUUGCGAAUCAAAGCCUCAAUGACCACCUCUUUGUUAAAAAGAAUGUUCUUCAACCGCUAAAUUGGGAAGUGAGGUAUAAGAUUAUAUUGGGUACAGCCGGGGGAUUGGCCUAUCUUCAUGAGGAAUCGAAAUUGAGAAUCAUACAUAGAGAUAUAAAAUUGAGCAAUGUCCUUCUUGACGAGGACUUUGAGCCAAAAAUUGCUGAUUUCGGGCUUGCUAGAUUGCUUCCAGAAGAUAAGACUCAUAUUAGCACUGCCAUUGCUGGCACAUUUUAAGUUUUCAACAUUGAUCUUUAGUUUUUUUCAUGCCUUGUAUUACGAACCUUGCAAAAAUCGUGCACAGCGCAAUUCAUUUCUUUUCUGAUAAAUUUCACAUUUUGUGCUUGUAAAAAUUGACAUUGCAUUUCAAACGUUUCUUUCUCCCUUGAAGGUUAGAAUUAUGUGUCCUGACCAUGUUGAAUAUGUUUUUCACGUUUUAAAUAAUAAAAAGCAACGAAAAUUCAACAGCACUCUUCAUUUUGAAAUAUUCUCAUUUUUGUGUGAAAGAGUUUUGAAAACAACUCUUUAGUUUUUCCUUAAAAGUGGAUACGUAACAGUUUCCAUAAUAAAUAAAAAUAAAAAUAAAAA